CUUUGACCCUGUUACACGUUAUAUUCUGACGUUAGCUGAGACAAGCUGGCUAAAUCAUGGGCUCAUCAGCUUCAACUCCCACUUCAAAGAACCAAGAUACUGAGAACAGAAAAGCAGACUCCAAGUUGAAGACCUUACAAGAGGACAACAAAAAGUUACUUCACACGCUGAAUCAAAUAAAGGAUCAACUGGAGACACAGAAAAGUAAUCUAUGCGGACAGCUAGAAGAGGUUGAGAAACAAAGGGAGGAAUGCAAAAAGGAACUACGGCUGGUUGAUGAGGAAAUCAAUAAGAAAGAAACCUCUGAUGGCAUGGAGGAAUUAUUGGCAAAGAAAGAAAAGAUGUUAAAAUCACUGUGGGAUCUGAAUAUGAAAAAGAAAAAUGAUGAAAUUAAGUUACUUAACAUAGAGAAGGAACUGGAACCUAUAGAUAUUCAGCUAAAAUGAGUAAAAGAGGGAAAUUGAGAUGUUUAGAAUGAACAAAAAGUGCUAAAAAAGAACA